CAGAGUAUGUGGGUCAGGAUUUGUAGAAAGAUGUCUCUGUGUCGGUAACUCCAGACGACAUCUGAUGGGCCUAGGCUGGCAGCUUAACUGUGAUGUUGACAUGUGGAAAAUCACAGCUAAAUCACUUCACUGCAAGUCUGUCUCGUCUUGUGUAGCAAAAUUUCCUGAUAUUCUCCAGAUGUCUUGCUGAAUUUCUCGAAUAAAUGAUCAUGCUACGCGUUUAUGGAGGAGAACAAUUAUUCCCUCACUCUCUCUGCCUCUCUAUCACUCUCUUUCUUAAUAACUCUCUCUCUCCCCCUCUCCCUUUCUUUCCCUCCAUACUGAAAUAGGAGCCAGCUCUAUUUACUUGUCUCCUGUGAGGCCGGCCCUUGUGGGCCCAUCAGACUUGUGGAAUGUUCCUCUUUUGUCGCCCUUUGUCAGGCCGUUGUCAUUACUGUGCAGGUGGAUAGUGUGAGCGGGGGGGGCGUCAAAGGACUGCAUGAGGUGUGUGUGUGUGUGUUUUAGUGCUACUCCCCCAGGCAGCACAGCUGAGAGAGUGGGAGGGGCCAGCUUCCAGGCCUGGUGCGAGAGCAGGGCUGAGAGGCAGAACAGUCCGAGGAGGGAGUCUCUAAGCGUGUGUGUGUGAGAGAGCGAGAGACAGAGACAGAGCAGGGAGCUCCGUGAAACUACUCGACCCAAGGCUUUCCUCCAUGGGACAUACUGGCUGUGGGCCUCUCUCUGGGAUUUGCAGUCGUGAGGAGGCUUCUGCCCACCGCUGUUGACCAUGCAAGGCAGGGCGGGCAAGGCUCCUAAGAAGGAGCUGGUCAUCGAGUCCCCUCAGCAGUACAAGAGCUUGGCGGGCGCCGAGGCGGAGGGGGAGGCCACGCCACAGGUGGCGGUGAAGCCUAAGGUGAUCGAGCCGCUGGACUAUGAGAAUGUGCUGGUGCAGAGGAAGACUCAGAUCCUCAGUGAUGCCCUGCGCGACAUGCUGCAGUUCCCCCUGGAAGACUUCCAGAUCUCGACUCUGAGACGCCAAGGAAGAACUCUCCACCCGACGGUGCCGGAGAACGCCGAGAAGGAGGCGCAGAGUCUGUUUGUCCAAGAGUGCAUAAAGACGUACAACUCGGACUGGCAUGUGGUCAAUUACAAGUAUGAGGACUAUUCUGGAGACUUCCGGCAGCUUCCAAACAAAGCGUCCCGUCCAGACAAACUUGCGGUGCAUGUUUUCGAAGUGGAUGAAGAAGUGGACAAAGAUGAGGACACGGCUUCGCUGGGCUCCCAGAAGGGAGGGAUCUCCAAGCAUGGCUGGCUGUACAAGGGCAACAUGAACAGCGCCAUCAGUGUCACCAUGCGGUCUUUUAAAAGGAGGUAUUUCCACCUGACCCAGCUAGGGGACGGUUCCUACAACCUCAACUUCUACAAGGACGAGAAGAUCUCCAAGGAACCCAAAGGAACCAUCUUCCUCGACUCCUGUAUGGGAGUGGUUCAGGAGGAAGUGCUCACUCGGCCUGGAAUAACAGCCAGGAGGUCUGAAGCAUGGCUCGUGUUGUUGCUGCUUUAUUGAACUCCCACUCCUGACUCCCGGAAUGAUUUAAAUGGCCACUCUGGCGGGAGGGGUUCUGUCCACAACCGUGGAACGACUCCUGCCUCCCCAGACCAAAACAUCCUGGAUGUUUACACUAAUCAUCUCAGCGUCCUCGCCUGUGGGUGUAGGAGAGGGGGGCGGCUCAGGCAGUCAUAGUCAGUACGCAGUGAGAUGUAUUCAUGUGGCAGACUCCUUUAUAUAAAGCAAAGUCCCCGGGGUGCGAGGGGAUUUGGACCAGUAAUGUCUUGAUCCAGAGUCAAAUGCUCCAUCGCCGAGCCAUACCCAUUCCCCUAGUGUGGAGUUUGACUGCAUCUCUGUUUGCGGAUGGUGCUGGCUGCCUGCCAUAGAGACCCGAGGGAGCUCUGCUGACAUUGUGACUUCACUCUUCCUGGUUGAUUAGGGGGUCAAGGGUCACGCCUCCCAGUGUGGACCCAGAGCUGUGGCGAGCACUCCAGACGGCCCCUUUAGAAGCUGCCUUUCCUGGCAAGACUGCGCUCGUAGUUACGCACAUGGAAACUCUUUUUCCUCUCUGUUUGUCUCUCUCUCUCUGUCUUUCAGACUCUGUCUCUCUUCUUCCCUCCAUCCCUC